AAAUGACGUACAUAGGUUUUGUUUCUCCUCCAUAUAAGUUUUAGUGCGAGGUGAUUUGACAAAAAAUAUUGUAUUCAUUAUUGGGGACCAGUGAUCACAUUGUGAACUAGAUAAAUAUGGAUAGCAGACAUACACUAAGAAAAAGGGGUUUUGCUAUGGCGAAUAAAUUUUUUUGUAUAGACGAUUAAAUGCUCCUUAUAGUCUAUGCAAGAAUAUGUUAAGAAAAAGAGAUUUCUUGAAGGAUAAUUAUUGCUGGGUUAUUUUUGGAUUAGAAGACCUGAAAGGUCCUUUAAACUUCUGCUAAAUAUGCUUCCCUUCAAUUAUGCGGACAUAAUUCUUUACUGUUAUGUUUUGUUCUGCGACAGUCACUGUUGCUAUCUUUAAUUUUCUUCGAAUUGUUCACAUAUACUCCAUUUAAGGCCCAUGCAACAUCAGGUUUGUUUUCCCCCUCUCUGCAGAAUCAUCUAUUCUCCUUUGAUAGUUGCUACUGGUUACUUGUUUCUUCAUUUUGAUCUUAGGCUUCAGCAUUCUUAAUUUUAAAUGCAGCUACUUAGUUUAUUUCAUUUGCAAAUUAUCUCGAACGAAAGACCUGUAUCUCAAUGAAAAUUCCAUUCAUGGACCAUCGCUUCGCUUAUGUUGAUUUAUACUUCUAGCCUGCUAUUAUUUGGAAGCCAUCUGUGAUUAUCAAGUCAUAGCUGUGUAUCCAUACAGCAAAGGUGCUGUAUAAUUUGCUCGUGAGUUUUCUUAUCACCUCUUUUUAGUUGGUUCUCGCAGUGCUCUAGUUCUUAAUCCUUCAAUACUCUUGAAUCUUCGUAAAUUUUAAAUUGUCUCCAAGCUGGUUUUUCCGUGUCCCAGAUUUUCAGUUAUUUCUUUUUCAUGUUUGAAUUUCAUCGAGUUGUGUUAUAUCUACGAAUCAUGUAAUCCUUCUAGUAAUUGCAUUUAUGAUUUUAUCGAGGCAAAUGUGUUAUGCUGCCGUGUUCUGUUUGUGUUUAAAACUGUUAUAUUAUAAAUCACUUCAAUUUUGUAGAGUGGUAAUGUGAAUCUUAAGGUUGCUGGCCAUAGUUUCUUCUCUCGAAUAUGAUAAACCUUUUGCAAAAGUUUUAGAAUCAAGGUGCAGUUCUUCCUGAUUAUAGAGCCAUCACAAUUGUGGUACAGGAUCAUGUGCAUAACCAGCAGCGUCAGCCGGAUCUUGGUUCUUUCAAAUCAAGAUACUUAUAUGUUUACAUAUAUGUGGCUUUCAGAACUUUCCUGCUUGGUGACUUUCUUAGUAGUAUAAAACUUUCUGCAAGUAAAUAUCUUUGAAGUCGGUCAUUAGCAGACAUUUGCUAUAUCAUGAACCCCUCCAAUAAUGCAAUAUAUUGACAUAUAACACUUCGCUACACCUUGUUAUCAGGUACUUGGUGUUUAAUUUGACAUAUCCAUAUUCUAGUUAGAUUUUAAAGCAUUCUGCACCAGUUUAGUAGAAUCAAUAAACAGAUUAUGGAAAUCAAUUAAAUCACUAUUUAUCUUCAUCUUCCUAUCUCCUCUACUCCGUUCCUCUCUAUUGGUUCUGCCCAAAGUAUGAUAUAUUAUACAAGAGAUAUACCAUCUUCGAACUGAAAAAAGAAGAUAACUUCUGACGAGCUAGUUGUUCUGAAAGAGGAGGCUGCACAGAUUACAUAAAGACAGACGAUAUUGCUUGGCUAUGACCUUACUAAAUUGGGACUAAAUCAGUUAAAGCAGCUGGAACAGCAAUUGGAUGAGGGCUUACUAUCUGUGAGGGAAAGAAAGGAGCAAAUUUUGAUGUAUGAGAUUAAACUAGCUAGAAUGAAGGAGAAGCAGAUCGUGCUGGAAAAUGAACCGCUCCGGAAACAGAUUGAAGAACUACAAAGCUUUUUGCAAACAAGUGUCCAACCCGUGCCAGGUUUUCUGGAGUACAGUCAGGGAGCGAAAAGUUUUCAAGAAACUCAUGGCACCACAGGUUGCAGAUCAUGCCUGAGAACAAAAAUGAUUAGAAACAGUUUGAGGAGCUACAAAGUUAUAUGCCUCCAGUAGCGCAACCAGUUCCACGUUUUCUGGAGUACACUCAGAUACAGACAAGUUUCUUGGAAACUCAUGGGGCAACAAGUCAUGAUAAAUUCUAUCGUUGCUCUAAGGAGAAGCUUGUUAUGCUGGAGAACAAAAAUUUGGCGAAACAGUCUGAGGAGCAACAGAGAAGUGAAGUUUCAAGUUCUCUGGAGUACAGUCAGGAAAAGAGAAGUUUCCCAGAAACCCAUAGUAACUUGGGUCCAGACACAGUAUGCAGAAGCGGAGCAGAGAAUUCUGGUUUAUUUACAACCUUGGAACUUGGGACUCCAUUUUUGAAGCAGCUGAAGCGGAAAGAACCAGAGCAAGAAACUGCUGAAAUUGAAACUUUUUCUGGAACUGCUGAAUGUCAAUUUGACAUGUGAUUCCUGAGCUGAAUUCCGUAUAAACAAGCUCAUGCUUUUUGUUGAACCAUUGGGUGAUGCACAUUACAGGUGACAUGGUCUUCUGGAGUUGUGGUCCAUGGUCUUACUUUGUGCAUGUUACAGGCGAAUUUUGGACCACCCUCUUAGAGUAUUUUCCUCUUGCAUGCUUCGCUGGGUUUUAUAUAGCUGAAUGUCGAGUAAUGGAUGUUAUAAAAGUCUCAUAAGUUGAAAAUUUCCGGGUAUGAAUGGUUGGAGAGAGAUGGUAGAAAGUUAAUGGCGUUGAGAAAAUAACUUCUGGAUGAUGAGGUAUCAUCCGACUUUUGCUUUAGACCAAGAAUAAUGCAUCACUGUAUAUACAAAACAUAUUUACCAAACAAUUAAGUUUUUCUUUAAAUAGUUAAGUACGCUAUCAAAUCUUUUCUUUUCUUGUUUACAAGAUACAUUUCUAGCUAUUCUUUAAAAGAAUUAAUAAAAAGAUAACCUCAUAUCAAACU